UACUCGUAGUUUCAGCUCAGCUGACUAGCUGCAGGUACACUGUACGAAUUUAUUCUUGGUAGUUGGUAGUUCCUACUCGUAUAGGUAAUACCAACUCAACUUGUGACUUGAAUGACAAGAGUAGGAAACCUGAGCACUACACUACAGUAUACAUAUAGGACGUUCGGGAAUCGUACACGCGUGAAAUAGGUUACAUACUCGUAGAUUAGAUCGCCAUUGCCAUUACACAUGUAUUGCUUAGAAAUCGAGCACGUCAUCAUCGCGUCCGCGCGUCGCCGUCGCGUCUUUUGGUCUUUGCCUACGACGGUGUUGAGCCGAUCACGAUGCGGAUGUACUCGUAUUCGCGUGUGUGAGGGUUGAGGUGUCGCAUCUCGCGUGGCGCUGGCGUCUCCAAUGUAGCCAAAUGGCCAAAGGGUGGUUGACUGGUAUAGGCCAUUGAGCUGCGCGUAUUUCGCGUGAGUAUUUCAAACCAGCUAUCAUCAUCCUGUUGACUGCUGUUACCUACUUGUGGUACCUACACAUAGCAGAUGAAGCACAGCGAUAAUCGCAGCCUCGCAGGUCGCAUCGAAAUGUGCACGACAACUCCAACUCGUCACCAACAUCAUCAUCAUCAUCAUCAUCGUUAUUAUCAUUAGGUAAACGUUCAAAGGUUGGAUAAACCGUAUCCAAUUUUCUUAUCACAUCUGACAUCUGGUCAACAGACGCGACGACCAACGGCCGAACUAAGUACGAGUAUACAGUUAUUGUCACUUUUACAUGUGUAUUUUGUUGCGCAUAGCGAGAUUAUACGACUACCAUACCGUACUCAUACUCGUACUCGUGGGUUUCGAGAUUGUGGCGCUUAUCGCACAUCACAUAUGUAUUAAUUGAUACGGUGCGGUGCACGGUGUGAUCGCGAUCGCGAACCAACAUUAGCGGCUUGUUUUGUUUCAUCUUUGCAAUUAACCGGUUAGCGAUAGAAAAGUUGAAGCUCGAUUACCAACGAACGAUGUCUUCGUCGCGAUCACGAUCGCGAUCAUCGUAUUGCAGACUCGACAGCGCCAACGGCAGCGUAUCCAGAAUCAGUACAACUAUCGACGAUGAUGGCCACCUCGACUAUCCUACCUCGUCUUCGACUUCUGACGCUGGCACCGACUCGGGCUACUGCGCGAGUGAAAUACGAGUUGAACGACAGCCGCUUCUUCAUAAUGACCAUCAACAAAAUGACGAUCACGAUCACGAUCAACGUCCACUGUUUGCGGCGCAUGAAACGGAAAGUUCGGUCAUCGGUGGCACCGCUGCUACCGUCGGCGUCGGCGUCGAUGUCAUUACCAUCAACCGCGACAGCGACAGCCAAAUCACCCUCAACUCGUCCAAUCGUUCUUGUUUCGCUCCGGCAACAUUUUACGGCGCCGGUUCGGAAAUGUCAACGACGACGGCUACUUCAAGCGAAGGAGGUGGCGGUCACAGAGUAAUCUAUUGCGUACACGGUAAACCGGAAGGAUGCUGCGCCAGGGUGCUGUCCGAUACGAAUUCGCUCAAUGGCUCCUCCACUGUAUUGCCUUCGCCUCCCAUAACAUUAUUCGAAGACCACUGCCAUCAAUCGCGCGAAACUAAAGUGGACAGCAAAGCGAGAAGAAAACUGAUUAUCGCCAGCAUACUGUGUUUGGUUUUCAUGAUAGCCGAAGUUGUAGGAGGAGUACUAUCGCACAGUUUGGCCAUCGCUACGGAUGCGGCGCAUUUAUUAACCGAUUUCGGCAGCUUCAUGAUAUCGUUGUUCGCACUUUGGGUAGGUUCGAGGCCGGCCACCAGGAGUAUGCCAUUUGGUUGGUACCGCGCCGAAGUGCUGGGAGCUCUCACUUCCGUACUCAUGAUCUGGGUAGUUACCGGCGUUCUCUUUUACGUCGCCGUCGAACGUGUCAUCAGUCAAGAAUUUGAGAUCGAGUCCGAAGCUAUGCUGAUCACUUCCGCUUUCGGCGUCUGCGUUAAUAUCGUAAUGGCUCUGACUCUUCAUCAGCACCAUCAUCAUCACCACCAUCACGACGACCACAAUCGAGCAAAAGAUGCCGAGAGCACGCGGGCAAUUGGAGAUGGAGACAGUGGCAGUGGCAGCAGUCGGCACGGUCACGAGCAAAAUAUCAACGUGCGAGCAGCCUACAUUCACGUAAUUGGCGAUUUUAUUCAAAGUUUUGGCGUACUGUUCGCUUCGGUCGUAAUAUAUUUCAAGCCGGAAUGGAAAAUAGUCGAUCCUAUUUGCACAUUUGGCUUCUCUAUACUUGUGCUGUUCACGACGUUCGCAAUUUUACGAGACACCAUGAUCGUGCUAAUGGAAGGAAUUCCGAAGGGUAUUGAUUUUUGCGACGUGCUCAACACGUUCCUAGGCAUCGAAGGUGUUGUCAAAGUUCAUAAUCUACGAAUUUGGGCUUUAAGCUUGGACAAGAUGGCGUUAGCUGCGCAUUUAGCUGUUCAUCCGGGCGUGAAUACCAGCACCAUAUUAAAAGUAGCCUCGAGAAAAAUUCAUCAAAAGUUCAACUUUUUCGAAAUGACGUUACAAAUUGAAGAAUUCCAAGAAGACAUGGCCAAUUGUAAACAGUGUCAAGAUCCGUUAACGUAACGUAACGUAACGUACCAUUUAAGCUUCGAUGUUACGACUUACAAGUGUGAUGUGAUUACUGAUUAGUGAUUAGUUACCAGCUUCGAGACCGGUAGUCGACUACCUGUACUUAUAUCUAUAGCCUUUAGAACUUAGCCUAUGGUUAUUGAGAGACAACAGACGCGGUUUCUAUGUUUUGUUUAGGCUUAAACUCAAUUGGCCUGUCGACCAAACUAUAAUAUUAUUAUUUACCUAUCGUACUUGCGUGUCAAGUAAUUUAUCGUGUGUAUUUUUUUCUAAUUUUCUAUUUUAUAUAAUUUUUAAUUUAGCGUAUGUUACCUUAUGUAUUUUCUUGGGCGCUCCGGUCGUUUGAUUUUUCGUUACCGAGCUAUGUAAUGUGUACCUACCUAUUAUGUACAUACCUACUUAUCGUAGUACUGUGUGCACUGUAUAGUGUAUAGACUCGUACCGCUACCUACCUAGUCGCUAGUCGCUAUUCGCUAGAGCUACGGUGAAUGCUCUAAGCUAUACACUCUGUAUUCCGCAAAUUUACGCUCAAUUGUACGCGGUGACCUAGUCUUUCUUUUUCUAUAUUAUGUAUGUAUUAUUUCGGCAGGAAUUUUCCAAGUUGUAUUCCUUUUUUUCCUGCCUGUGUGCCUGCUGGCGAACGAUGAUAUGUAUAUUUUGUUGGCAAUGUUAUUGUAUGUACUCGUAAUUUGUAGGUAGUACCUACUUACUACGUACAGAGGAAGCUACGAAAGGUGACGAGAAUAUUCGUAUACUGCGUGUGAUCGCGACACGCGUAAAAACCUUGGUAUUUUGACAAGCACACUAUAGCAGAAUCGAUAUUUGCGGUUUGACGGCGCCUUUUUCGCCUGUACGCCAGUUUUCCUCGUAUUUAUGGUGUAAACAGUGUAUGUACAUACUGCAAAUAUAUAAGUUGGUUUUCUUUUUGUUCGUA